CCCACACCAUUCCUCCUCUUAUUUUCCUCUUCUGGGCCCCCUCUCUCUAUCAUCAAACCCUCCUUCCACAAAACCUCUCUCUCUAGAGCAGCUCUCUCCCUCUUGGCCCGGCCGCCACCAUGUCAGGGCUCUACAGCCAGGGUUUCUCCCCUGCGAGAACCGCCUCGCCCCAGAUUAGGGGCAACCCCGACCAUGAUAGGCUUCUUUGCAGUCAGUACCUGGCUGAGCUUCUUGCCGAGCAUCAAAAGCUGGGGCCGUUUAUGCAGGUUCUGCCGGUGUGUAGCCGGCUGUUGAACCAAGAGAUCAUGCGGGUAUCAAGCAUGGCCCACGACCAUGGAUUUAGUGAUUUUGACAGGCGGCGUUAUAGAAGUCCUAGUCCUAUGUCUUCACCAAUUAUGCGUCCUAACCUGCAUGGCAACGGAUUUGGUCCCUGGAAUGGGCUACACCAAGAGAGGGCAGGCUUUCCUCCUCCUGGAACGAGUAUGGAUUGGCAAGGAGCACCUCCAAGUCCCGGCUCUUAUAUCGUCAAGAAGAUCAUACGCAUGGAGGUUCCAGUUGAUGCUUACCCCAAUUUCAAUUUCGUUGGACGCAUUCUAGGACCAAGGGGUAAUUCUCUAAAGCGGGUUGAAGCAUCAAGUGGCUGCCGUGUUUUCAUAAGAGGGAAGGGUUCCAUUAAAGAUACAGAGAAGGAGGAGAAGCUGAAAGGGAAACCUGGUUAUGAGCAUCUGAAUGAUCCACUGCAUGUCUUGAUUGAGGCUGAGUUACCAGCCAAUAUAAUUGAUGCAAGAUUGAAACAGGCACAAGAAAUCAUGGAAGAACUGCUAAGGCCAGUGGAUGAAUCACAAGAUUUCUAUAAAAGGCAACAACUGAGGGAAUUGGCUGUGCUAAAUUCAACUCUGAGAGAGGAUAGCCCUCAUCCCGGAAGUGUCUCCCCAUUCAGCAACGGUGGCAUGAAACGUGCUAAACCAAGCCAAUAGAGAAGCUAUUUCCCCACCCUUGAUGAUGUUGCGCCAAGGGGCCUUGUGUCCCUAGCUAAGGCAUACCAUGGAGCUUGAAUUGUCUUCUGUUUCUUGGCAGUCGUGUAACAAGCAGUACGCUUAUGCUGGAUAAUUAGUCUGGUAUGUGGCUGGUUCCCUCUACUUCAGGAAAGGAGAAAUCAGUUCCUGUUAGAACUGUCCCAAUCCACCGCUGGAAUCCAGCUGUGAUGUCGUAAGCUCAAGACCAUUCUUUUCGUUUGUCAUCGACUGUUAACCCUGUAAUUUGUCAUGCUAAGGAUAGGUGGUUUUUUCCUGUUCCAGGAGAGAAUUGAGAAGUUUGAGGACAUGAGCUUUUAAUUUAGCAGAUGUUUAAUUAGCUUGUAUUAUAUCUGUUUUAACAUCGAGUGUCAAAAUGCAGACGGUACUUUGAAUUAACAAUGUGGAUUCAGAGCGUUUCUGUAUUCUUGCCAA